CCCGUCGAAUUCGAAACCAUCAUAGUUCUGAGACGUGUGGGUUAGGUAGCUGAAAGGCUGGGUUAGCGAUGUCAUUCGAGCGCCUGUGUUGAUCGGAAAAUGCUGUAACUUCAUCCAUGUCGUAUCAGAGGCCUCCAGAAUAGGCUCACUAAGCUAAAGAUUCUUGAAAGUGUGUCACAACCGGAGCGGCGUCCAAGUUCGAGAUGACCAGUGCGUGCGCCAGCUCCUCAGAAGCGGCCCCAUCAGUUGAAGAUGAGGAAAAUGUUCCGAAGGAUGAAUUUAUCCCAAGAGAGUACCAGGUCGAACUCUUUGAAGCCGCCGUGAAGGAGAACACCAUAGUCUGCCUGGGAACUGGGACUGGCAAAACAUUCAUAGCUGUUAUGCUCAUCAAGGAAUAUGAGGCAGCCAUUCGGAUCCCGUUUGAAGAAGGAGGGAAGCGCACUUUCUUUCUGGUGCCGACGGUACCUCUUGUCGUGCAGCAGCAGAAGGCCAUCAAGUGUCAGACAGACCUACGUGUUGGCGGUUACGUUGGUGACAUGAACGUUGACAACUGGAACAAACAACGCUGGGAGAAGGAGUUCAUCGAGUCUCAGGUGCUGGUGAUGACCCCCGAUGUGUUCAAGGUGAUCAUCCACCACGGCUUUCUGAAGAUGUCGCGGGUGAACCUGCUGAUCCUGGACGAGUGCCACCGUGCGGUGAAGCAGCACACGUAUCGGGAGGUGAUGCGUUGCAUGGACGUGCUCAAGCCCGAGGAAAAGCCGCGCGUGCUGGGCCUCACCGCCUCGGUCAUCAACAGCAAGGCCACUGAGCGGCAGGUGGAGCGCAAGGUGCAUGACCUCGAGAUGGCCCUGCACUCUCGCGUCCUCACAGUCUCCAACCAGCAGAGCAUGGCCCGGUAUGGGACCAAACCGAUUGAGGUGCUAGUUGAGCAUCACACGACGGGCAGCCCGUCAAUCUGCGGCAUUCAAGUUCCGACAUUGCCCAACUUUCGGCCGACGACUUCACAGGGCCAAGAGUUGGACCGCAGGCUUCGUAGCCUGAUCAAGGUGCUGCAUGACAUGGGGGUCUGGUGUGGACACCUGGCCAUUGAGGUCAUUAUGGAGGAGGCCCGUCGCAUGCUGGAUGGUCUCGACGAUGAUUGCGUUCUCCGCGAGGUGGAGGUGUGCCUGGAGUGGCUGGAUGAGGUUCGGAAGAGGUGCAGGCAUCACAUCGUGGAGUCGAACACUGCUGCUCAAAGCGUCGCCGAGAACCCCCUUCUGGCACUGGCCACGCCCAAGUUGAAGCGUCUCCUGGAGAUCCUGUGGGCCUCCCGCCCGCGGGAACCGCAGCAUGCCGGCAGCGGUGAUGCCGCAGAGCCAAUGUCGCUGUGUGGCAUCAUCUUCGUCAAGGAGCGCAUCGUGGCACGCAUCCUCCGCGACUGGCUGCUCGAGCUGGCGAACAAGGUUCCCAGGUAUUCCUACAUUGUUCCCGAAUUCAUCGUGGGUCAUGGGGCCAACCUCCAGCUUGGUUCCAAGGAAGCGGGGAUGUCGUUUAAGAAGCAGUGCAAGGUGCUGGAGCAGUUUCGCCGUCAGGAGUGCAACCUGCUGGUGGCCACCUCGGUGGUGGAGGAAGGCAUGGACGUUCCAAAGUGCAGCCUGGUGGUGCGCUUCGACUUCCCCGACGACUUCCGGUCCUACGUGCAGUCCAAGGGACGUGCCCGCGCCCAGCGCUCCCUCUACAUCAUGAUGACUGCACGCGACGACUACAGCAAGGCCUGCGUGAAUCUGCGCAACUACCUCUCCAUCGAGGCGAUAUUGAUGAACAAGUGCCAUGAGAGGAAAGCGCCGCACAGCUCUGAGGUUGUGCUGAGCUUUGCCGUUGAUGAGCUGCUGCCGCCAUACAUGCCCGUGCGCGAGGAUGGUGCGCCCCGCAUCACGCUCACCUCUGCCAUUGGCCUCGUCAACAGAUAUUGCAUGGUCCUUCCAUCGGACAUGUUCACGCACCUAAAGCCCACCUAUCAGUUGAGCACCAUAGUCGUGGACGGCAAGGAGCUGUACAUCUGUACUGUCUACCUGCCCAUGACCAGUCCUCUCAAAGAGGCCAUCCAGGGUCGGCCAAUGGAAACAAAGAAGUAUGCGAAGAUGGCUGCUGCCCUCGAAACAUGCAAGCGUCUGCACCAAAUGAAUGAAUUCGACAGCUGCUUGCUGCCCGUGAAGCGCGUGCUCCAGCUUAUGGACGACUCGGACAACGAAGAAGCGGAUGACGCUCCCCCAGGUGCACCGAAGCCAGGCACAAAGAAGUGCAGAAGAGUGUAUCAGAAGCGGGUGUGUAAGCUGUUUGCCGAGGCGCGAGUCUUGGAAACUGGCCAUUACCGCUUGCACAUCCUGACGACCCAGCUGGUACGUCUAGCGUCCGAUCUCCAGAACUGGCGGAAGGAGAAGCUUGUCGACCCCGAGGAUUGUCCACUGUGGUUUGCCCUGCUUCUCCGCGAGGACAUGCCUUGCCUGCCGUCAUUUCCCAUCUUUACGCGGUCCGGCGACGAGCUGGUGUCGGUGGUGCGGGCAGGCCCGGUGCACCUCUCCUCUGCGCAGUGCCUCCAGCUGCAGCUCUUCCACCACGCAAUCUGGCACGACGUACUCCGAAUGAAGGAGAGACCCCUGCUUCAGUUCGACAUGCACACGGCUCCCAACUGUCCCGUCUUAGUGCCGGUGAUAAAAGAUGGCGACAUGUCUAUGAUAGACUGGUCCUUUGUUGGCAUGGUCGCCGAUUGGAAUGAAGCGGAGCCUGCAAGCAGGGCUGAGUUCCAGUUCCAGCCCAGCCUGUAUGAAGAUGCUGUGGUUGUACCCCGCUAUGCACCCCUUAAUUACCACCACAGUACAUUCUACGUGAAGAAGAUCCGCACCGACCUCACAGUGGAUAGCAUCGAUGGAAAGGGCAGCUUCCGUGACUAUCUGUCCCUAAUUCACCACCUGGAGGUCACCGACUCAACGCAGCCGAUCCUGGAGGUGGUGUUCACCGAAGUCCGACUCAACCUACUGACACCGCGCUACCGGAACCGCAAGGGCGAUGUGUUCAUCAAGAAGACGGCCACGAACCGCCGCACAGAGCUGCGUGUCCCGGAAUUCUGCGACGUCCACCCCGUCCCGGCUAGUGUCUGGCGCAAGGCGGUGUGCCUUCCCAGCAUCUUGUACCGGUUGAACCAGCUUCUCGUCGUGGAAGAACUGCGCGCAUCCGUCGCCAUGGAGACGGGCAUUGGCCUCGGGACAUAUCAAGGCCCUUGGCCAGACCUGGACUUCCAGAGCGCUGUAUCGGAAAGUGCUUCGAUCAGCUUUUUGCCUCGUCCCGACUAUGAUGAGGUGGAGUUUGGCAAUCUGCUUCGAGGCCACGGUGAAGCGGAGGAGAUACGGAUGCCCCGCCUGUCGCGGUCAUUUGAGUACCAGCCAGAGUUGCGGGGGAACCCGGGCCCGAGCCCUGGCCUCCUUCUGGAAGCGGUGACAUCUGCGAAGGCAGCUGAUGGCUUUGAUCUCGAACGCCUCGAGGUGCUUGGGGACUCAUUCCUCAAGUUUGCGGUGACCAUUGACCUGUUCUGCGGCUCCACGUCAGCGCAGGAGGGUUUGCUGACACAGACGCGUUCCCGCAUCAUUUGCAACCGGAACCUGCACCAGCUUGGCUCCAAGAUACAUGUGGGUUCAAUGGUGGCACAGGAGCAAUUUGAGCCGCACCGAAACUGGUUGCCACCAGGCUACCGGGUCCCUGAAGGUGCCGAGGACAUAAUGAUGGAUGUCAACUUUGUCUUCUGGGCAAUCCAAGUAGACACAAAGAUUCUGGAGAAGCUGACGUGGGACGAGCUCUACAGCCGCUAUAAGCAAUACAGAACUGAAAAAGAGCAGCCGGGGUAUGUUCCCCCACCUCGCAACACAUCUGGGCCUGUUCCGAUCCGUCAGUCUUCACAACUGUCCGACAAGAGCGUUGCCGACUCGGUGGAGGCCAUCAUUGGUGCCUACCUUCUCGUUACCGGGCCCAUCGGUGCCCUCAGGGUGAUGAAGUGGAUGGGCCUAAAGCUAAAGCAGUGCAAUCUGGAUGCGCAAGGCACCAGGGACGAAGGCACAGCGGUGCCGUUCAUGGGAUUCCCAGCACCGCGGACGUCAUUGCUGCGCUACACGGACGACCCCGAGGGUCGCCUGGCAAGUCAGAGCAGUCCGUGGCAUGGGCGCCUCUGCCUUGUGGAACAGACGCUGGGCUACACCUUCCGCGACAGGUCCUACCUGCUGCAAGCCUGCACGCACGCCUCCUUCUAUCAAAACCGGCUGACAGACUGCUACCAGCGGCUGGAGUUUCUGGGUGACGCGGUGAUUGACUACCUGGUGACCCGGUACCUGUACGAAGGCCCACACAAGUUCAACCCGGGGCAGCUCACCGACCUGCGCUCUUCGCUGGUUAACAACACCUUCUUCGCGGCCCUCGUCGUGCGUCAUGGCCUCCACCGGUGCCUCCUCCACUGCAACCCGGGUCUGUUCAACGCUGUGUCGCGCUUUGUGCAGCACCAAGAACGCUCCAGCGAGGACGAGUUGGGCACCUCGUCUGAGGAUGAGGACGCCAUGGCUGAGAUCCUGGAUCUGAACGCCCAAAGGGACAAGGUCUCAGACAACCCCACUUACUGGAAGGUGCUCCAGCGCUUCUACUACCAUGAGGAGGAGUGCCUGGAGCCCGAAGAGGUCGAGGUGCCCAAGGCCCUGGGCGACCUGUUUGAGAGCCUAAUGGGGGCCGUGUUCCUAGACUGUGGCAUGUCGCUGGACACGGUGUGGCGCAUCCUGUACCGGCUCUUCGGCCGAGAGAUCGAGUCCUUCAGUGAGCGGGUGCCCCUGCCCCCAAUACGCACGCUGCUCGAGAAAUUUCCGGACGCCCGCUUCAGCCCGGCCGAGGUGCUGAAGAACGAAAAGGUCAAGGUGGAGCUAAUCCUGAAGGACAGGACCUUCACGUGCGUCGCCAAGAGCAAGAAGCUUGCCAAGACAGCGCUUGCCAAAAAAUGCCUGCGAAUGAUGAAGACCUGUGGAUCUGGCUAGGGGGCAGCACUUGUCAACAAUUUGCACCUGUAACAAGCACGCUGGGCCACACGUGGGCCACAGCGCGCUUGACUGGAGGUUUUGCUUGGCCACAUGUCGGACACCCAGUGGCUCUCACUAAUGGUCAAGAGUUGUUAAAAGUGAAGAGAAGAAUUGCAUUCAUUAUACAGAGUUCUUAAUGCAGAACAUUCAAGCAGGAAGGAGCACGACUACGCGCCCUUGAGUUCAACUCUGACCACCAACAGCAUAGUCUGUAAGCUUUCACGAAAAAGCUUACGAUUUCUUGAAACAUAAGCUGUGAUCUCUCAUUGAAAAACCAUGCUCAUUAUGAGCCACUUCACAUUGUGCAGCUCCUCUAUAUAGUCCUGAUUUUAGUAUUGUAACGAGAUACGUCGGUGAUAAGGGGCACACAGUGACUGUAUUUCUCCAUUUGUGCAACAGGGUGCGCAGUGAUAUUGGAUUUAUUCCUACACCCUGCAUGCAGGGAUUACUGACUGUCAGCGACCAAGCCUAAUUAACUUCUACAUUGUGUGCGCCUGCAUUAAUCAAUUACACUUUUUUUUAUCAUGUCUUGUGGCUCUUCUCUAGUAGGCGUAUACUAGUACCUUGCAGUAAAUACUAUUUGGAGGAAAAUUUGCUGCCGUCGUCCACACAAGUUUCCCCAAGGGCACCGUGACACCCUGCAAAUGCUGUGAUUUGGAUGGUUCGGCCUGUCUUGGAUUGUGGCUUGGUCUAAUACAUGGGCAUUUGGCUCUGGAGAUGAAGUUUUCCCAAAACUAUGUCUUUAUAAAAUGUCUUAGUCCACCCAUAAUACUCGCGCUUAUUACUGCAAGCAAACGAAGAAAACAAACAAAUGGCUGAUACCAGCGCUAAGUGACUCCAGAUUUUUCCGUUUCCUCCUUCAAAUUUAGCAGCCCACUGGUCGUACUGUUCACAUUUUAUAUAACUACAUUGUAUCAUAAGCACUUACGCUUUAAUAAGAUAUUCUUAUAUGUAUAUAUAACAGUGAUUGAACAAGGGAUGUUAGAGCCAAUUUUUCGACAAGGGGGCUUGUCUUCAUCAACAAGUACCCUUGUCAGAACGUUGGCUUCAGAGACAUCGUUUGUUCAUUCAUUGUUCAUUUUAUUAAUUUAUUGAUACUGUCAGUCCUAUGUUAGGCUAUUACAGGCGAUUUCUUCACUCACUGUUAAUAACUUCAUCUCUUUCUACCCAUGUACCUCUGUUUUGUUUGAAAUUCCUCUAACAUCUUGCAUUUUCUUGUAAUAACAAAGUUGUUUGCUCUUUAUAAAUGUAUGUUCUUUGCCCGCUGAUUUUGGCAGGAAAUAUUUUAGACUGACUUCAUUAUAUUGAAAUAUCGUUACACAGUUGAACCCGAAUAUAACGAAUUAUUGUGUGUAACGAACAGUUGUAAAAUUUCCUUGAAAAUUUCUUUAUAAAAUUUUAACUUUAUAUAUCGACUUAUCAAUAUAUAAAACUAUUUUGCGAUCCCCUUCGAGUUCGAUAUACCCAGCUUCAACUAUUCAUAUUUGUUAUGUCAAGCUUCAGCUGUGGUGACAUAACAAAAAUAGUAUUACAAGCAGUUCUAGUACUAAUUAAGCUCAGUGGCCAUAGUGGCUGCAUUCUGAUUGGGAUGGAAUGCAAGAUGCUCGUGUAAGAUUUAGGUGCAAGAAUCCCGGGUGAUCAGAAUUAAUUUGGAGGCCCCUUCACUAUGGUGUCCCUCAAAACCCGAUGUGGCAUUUCGGCAAGCUUAAACUCCCAAAUUUAGUUUUUAUCUAAACUGUGACAGACGGAAGGUUGGCUGCCAAAUGCGCCUUUGGGGUGUCGUAGCACCCCAGCAAAGCAGUGCCGUUUUCCCCGAAAAAUACUUGUAAGAAACUCUACGGUGGAAUGGUGUUUUGGACAUGUUCUGCCAUGUUGUCAAAUUCACCAUCUUGUCAUCUCUGAUUGGUUGGAAAUUUCAACAUGGUGGUAGAUGACAGUUUCCAGAUUAUAGCACCUAUCGCAGCGUACAGAUUGUGCAUUUGAAAGCCGACGGCCAUUGGGCCUCAUAGCAACAUAAAUGAAGCUGCGGUCAAGUAUAGUAAACUAAUCUUGUUUGCCAGAUAGCAAAUGAAAAUAGAUGACAUUAUGAUCGUGGAAGUCAAGAAUCUGCUUUCAGUGGCUGACAUGACUAAAUAAAGCCAGUUGGGGAUCAUUGGCCAGAUGCAGUCACGAAAGCCAGGCAGCUGUAUCAUUGCCAGUUUGUAGCAGCGUGUUAAUUCGUGUGGAGGCGCGGAACGAAGAACAUUCGGGGCUAAUUUUUUUAAACUUCCCCUAAUGCUGCAGGCAUCUCGAAACCCAAUACAUGCUCUUAUAAGUGCCAAAAAAAAAAAGGCUCUACCAAUCACAACAAUUGCUAUGGCAACCAGACAAGUUGCCAGAAGUUGCUAUUUUGUACCACCAGAUGUCACCUUGCAUGCUGUUUCCCGUUUCCACUGCUUUCUUGUGACAUUACAGCCGGAUCUCCGGACAAGGGCCAAAUCAUUGUUUUCGUCUUCAGGUCUUUCACCACAUGACCCUGCGUUUCUGGCUUUAUGAGGGCCACGUGGUCUAGAAAUGCCAACUGCCUUUCUUCCUUAGCGGUGAACCAUGGGGUUCUUGAGAGAUUGAAGGCCUUCUGUCUGGCAACAUUCCCCCCCCCCCCUCUUGUUUUACAGCUAACAUAUUUUUUAUUUAGCAAUACUGUAAGCCUUCACAGGCUCGUACAAGUCAUAUGACUCUGACCCUGGGUUUUCUUUUUCUCCGCCGACAGAAAACUAUUCCACGAAUUAAAGCGAAUGGCAAAGCAAUGACAACGCAAACAUGCCUUGCUCAAUUGUUCAAGGCUACGUCACAUUGAUCUGUCGGAUCAGGUGAUGCCACAGCCUUGUUGGCCGACCACUUUCACAGCGUGGAUUGGAGCCCUUUUAUUUAUUUGUUUAUUGUAUUUUUUCUAGCAUUUCAGCAGCCGGAUGAUUGGCUCAAAGCAACUGCACAAAUUCUUUUUUUUUUUCAGUUCAUCAAUUCCACAUGCUUUCAGAUUGGUGUCAUUCGGUGGAUGUGUUGAGAGUACUAAGCCAUCGUUUCGCUCAGUCUGCUGCUAUUGGCCUGUCAUGUGGAUGCCAGUCGCGUUCAGACUACACAGUACCUUUGAAUCACAUGACCGAUCUGCCUUAAUUCUGUCGCGUGGGUCCAGGAUAUCCAAACUUCAUGUGACACCAGUCUUAGUGUCUUUAUCUCUCUUCUUUGUGUAACAUUGUGCAGCCAUCCAGAUGAGCUUGUGCCAAUGAGGGCGCGUACACAUUGUGAAGCUCACGCUAGGCAGGUUUAGUCAAAGAGCCACUUUUUGCGAUAUAGGUCUGCAGCAGGUUUGAAAUAUUGUUAACAUAAGGCGUUCGUUGUAAUUUCUUUAGUGCCCUUGUGAUACCUGUUUCCUGUUGCUGUAGUUAUACAAAACUCAAAGAAAAGCAGUGCCAUUUAUAUAUGCUUCCAAUGAAUUUUAGAGCGGCAUCUUACUGGUUAUAAGCUUUCUUUGAAGUCUGCAACCACCAAGUAAUAAUUUUUGUUAAGAAAUAGUGUGUGUUAUGGCAUGUUACUCUUGCCAUUGAUGCUGUCUGAAAGCAUGCUCUCUGAACACUGAUGUUCACAGAGCUAUUAGUGUUUUGUGUUUUUCCCCUACUAUAACCAAGAGACAAAUUGUGUCAUCAUAUCUUUGCUGGUUGACAUAAUUAUUCCAUAUUGCACGGAUGUCUGGGCUUUUAUUUAUAUGUUUGUAUAAUUUCUCAUGUCUGUCGUGAUUAUUUAUUUUGUAGUAGUGUUUUGUUCAGUGUUUUUUAUUUUUGUGGAAAAACAAAAUGGUAUGUUGACCCCCCCUCUUGGUCAGGAGCUUGCCCGUUCACAUGUUUCCUUCACCGCAACCUGCUUGUGAUGGUCUGGCUCCGAGAGUUAAAACUCUUGGAGUAACUUUUAUUUUCAGUUAAGGAGUGCUAAGCAAUUGCAAUAGCCCUAAGAAUGGAAAAAUAUAGAACUCUACAAUGUGUACCUCAUGUGCACAUUAUGGUGUAAUGACAAAGCCAUGUGCCCUUGAAAUGGAAUGUCAACGUAAUAGCAAACAUCACUGGCAGGGAGGGGAGGCUUUCCUCUCUCACUGGUCUAGCCAGUCAGUACACUUCUUUGAGAAAAUCAACACCCCAAGGUGAUUGUUCCCUGAGCAAUCGCAAAAAGAACUUAAGAUGUGUUAGUCUAUAGUGCUAACCUGUAUAAACCACAAGCCCCUUUGGUAAGUUGUGUAUACUAAUGCACUGGUGCACAUCUGAGCAGAUUCAAGUUCAUUUGAACUUGCUUGUAGAUACCUUGCGAGGGUAUGCUCAAGGUACUAACUGCGAUCCCAAAACGCUCUAGAAAAAAAAAAAGGAAAUGAUUGGAGCUUGUAUGUUCGAAAGUUGCACUCUUAACCAAGUCCUGUACUGUAGGAUCCCUCGUAGCCGACAGUGAAUAUUUCUGGCUUUAAAUUUCCAGUGGUUCAAACUCGCAGCGCUUAAUUACAAAUUUGCAAACAUUGUGGUUAUGCUCACGGCCUGUGUUUCGAAUAAGUUAAGUUUUUUGGUGUGCAACUCCUGGUUGCAAUCCAAACAAUGUUUUGUUGGAGCUACUGUAUACUUGUUAAAACAUGCCACGUAGAUGUGAAAUAACAGUGGAUUUAGAGGAGCUAUGGCUAACAGGCAUAACAGAUUGACGCAAUGGCCACUAACAUUACCAUUAUUUACAAAUGGCAAUAUGGUGACAUUAAUCAUCAUUAUGAUACAUUGUUUAUUAUGGUCCAUUGGUUUUGUUUUAAAGAUAAGUACAAGAGAUGAAGAUAAAGAGUGCUGGUGUGUUGCAGUUGCACACCUAGAUAUGAAACACUUGUGCAAUAAAUAAGGAACUGUUGAAAUUGAAGAGUGCUGUUACUGUGUUUACGUCUUGUUAGACCUUUGUCGCUUCUAAUGUUCACCAUGUCGUCCAUUUCUUGUACAAAGCUGAGAUGAAGUAAUAUUUUGUACUGCCUCUGUGCCUAUAAAUUAUAUCUUUGA